AUGCCGCGCCUCGCCGCGCGCCUCCCCCUCCCCCCCAUCCUCCUCCUCCUCCUCCUCCUCCUCCUCCCCGUCGCGCGCGUCUCCGCGUACGUCCAGCAGGGCGGCGCGUACCGCUUCCCGACCGCGCCGUUCGACGCAAACGCCGACGGGUCCAUCGAUCGCGCGGAGGCGGGCAACGCCGCACACUUCGCGUCACCGGGCAGACGCGCGGAGGUCACCACGGAGACCGAGCUCCGCGACGCGAUGAAGAACCCGUACGUGAACGAGAUCUGGAUCGCCGCGGACAUCGCGCUCGCGUCCGGAGAAGCGCUGCCGCCGAUUCGCGAGCUGCGAACGCUGCACGUCUUCGGGAAGUGCUCGCCGACGGGCGAAGACGCGACGUUCCACGGCGGCGACGGCGAGUGCGCGCUCGACGCCGCGGGCGCGAGCGGGAUCUUCGACGUGUACGGCCCCGCGAGGCUCGUGAUGCGCGGGGUGAAGCUCGUCAACGGCAACGCGAAGCACGGCGGCGCGCUCGCGGUGUGGUUCGGAAGCGCGGAGCUCUCGCGCGUCCGUUUUGAAAACAACGCCGCCGAGCGCGGCGGCGGGAUAAGCAACUGGCACGGCGAGGUCGAGCUGCGGGACGUGACGAUGAAGGAUAACAUCGCGAGCGUGGACGGAUCGCACGUGUACCACUGGGGGGGGCACAUGAAGGUGUACGGCGACAGCACGAUCAACGGGAAGCCGUUUUCGUGCGUCCGAGCGACGGGCGCCGUGGCGUGGAACGACGACGCGGGACCGGGACACGUCUUCCCUUGA